AUGAUCAAGCUUUGCUGCGCUGGUGUAGCACUGCUUGCUGUGACCGCCGGCACUGCGAGCCUUGAAGCCCACGAGAGAAAACCGAACAGUUUUCUUUCUCUUGGUACCCACCAGAGCGAAACCUUGACCUAUAACAAAGCGGCUGGUGACACAAGAAGCAAACGAACGAUACUUAACAGUCGCCCCCACGAAUUUGGCGAUGAUCUCGAAGCUAGCGACCUGUCCUCGACAGACGCACAAGCAGAGACAGAAAACUCCCCAAGAGGAUUUACAGAAUUGUAUGCAACGCUCCAUGCAGAUGCAUACGGUAUACGCCCUGCUGGGGAGGUGCCAGACAGCCUCCAGGCUGAAGAGGAAGACGAGUUUGGGGAGGAAGCCAGCAGCAGCCGCGUUGCCUCUCUCGCUCAGUUGCAGGCCAAAUCGCCUCGCGGGUCAGGCCAGAAGGGCCCUGAGCGGCAGACGAGCGGCGCAAUGUCUGUACUGAGGGCGCUUAGUCGUCCCAUCAUGGCCGUCGGUUCAGCCGCGAUGAAGGCGACUCGCGAGCUGCGCAAGUUCCUCAGCAGCCCCAAAAUGUCAUUGGAGGACACCAAGAUCGGAGGCAAGGGGUCGCCUGUCGUGGCCAAAGCCCUUUCCCGUUUAGGCCGAGUCCGAAGUACUGCCUUUUUAAGGAAAGUUGAUGAGGAGUUGGAUUUGUUUUUGCCUCGAGAUGAAGAGAUCGGCUACGACUGUGUUGACGCCAGGCAAAAAAUAGUCCUCAGACGAGGAUUCCCCUUAGGAGCAGGAACCUUUGGGUUUGUUGUUCCCUUCACCAGCAACCACGGAGCGAAAUACGCUGGGAAGCUAUUUCAGGUCAGACACGGGGAAAAGGCUACAAUGAACAAUGUGCGAAAGCAACUCAGCAUCUUGACCUACUUGCCCCCGGGUGUAGACGCAGCAAGGGCAUCCCACACCCUGCGUCUCGGGUUGCCCCUCUGUGUCGUCACGAAGCGCUCGAGCCCGUCAGUCAUGGAGCUGCCCACUCGAGGGACACUUCUGAAUGCAAUUGUGUUAUAUCCGUUGCUUCGGGCAGAGUCAUGGAGCUGCCCACUCGAGGGACACUUCUGA